AACUCUACUAUUUUCUCGCUCUACAUCAAAAAGCUUAAAAGCCUCAGCUAACUCUUCACACACACACACACACUGUACGGCCGCCGCCGCCGUAACCUACCGCCGCAAUGCCGAGCAAACGUAAAGCAUCUCCGGCGACUAAACCGGAGUUAUCUCCGGCGAGUAGGAAAUCGAAGAGACGUGUGGUAGUUGAAAAACCAGAUCCAGUAGCAGCUGUAGUGUUAGAUGAUAGCGAUUUUGAAUCUGAACAACCUGUUAAGAAAUCAUCUACUAGACGAAGAAAAAAAGCUGAAAGUAGUUCAGUUGUUGCAGCUUGUCAAUCUGAGAACAGUGAUAGAAAAUCGAAAAGGCGAACAAAAAUAGAUGAAGAUCCAGUUGUUGCUUGUCAAUCUGGAAGUAGUGAUAUGAAGACGAAGAGUCCAGCUGUAGAAAAGGCUGAAGUAUCUGUUGUAGCUGAUAGCGAUUUUGUAUCGGAGUUUGAUUCGACGAAACAAGCGGCAAUAAAGGCGGAAUCCGUGGUGGAUCUUCACGAUGCUGAGAGUGAUUUUGUGGAAGAUGAAGAUGAAACAGAGCAAGGGAGUUUGAAAAAGAACUUGUCUAUUUCGCCUUCGAAAAGGAAACCUAAGAGAGUUGAGAAUGUGAAAGAUGAAGAGUGUGUAUUUGUAGGUGAACCUAUACCGGAUGCAGAAGCUCGACAAAAGUGGCCUCAUCGCUAUAAUAAGGGGAACGCAAAUUGUACUAAGAGCAUAAAUGGUCAGGAUGAUUCGGACCAGUUAAUUCAAGCUAAGCGCCAUUAUAGUCAAGCAGAGGUGGAUGGUCUGAUUUAUUAUCUCGAGGAUGAUGCACAUGUAAAGGCUGAUGACGGUGAGGAUGAUUACAUCUGUAAGAUUGUUGAAUUCUUUGAAGCAGUUGAUGGCGUGCAGUACUUUACAGCUCAAUGGUUUUACAGAGCUAAGGAUACUGUUAUUAAAAGGCAUGAUCAGUUCAUUGACAAGAAGCGUGUAUUCCUUUCUGAAAUCAAGGAUGAUAACCCUAUCGACUGUCUUGUGACAAAACUCAAGAUUGUUCCUGUGCCUUCAAAUGCAACUUUACAGUUCAAGGAAAAUGUAAAAUCAAAUUGCGAUUUUUACUAUGACAUGAAGUACCUGCUUCCAUACUCUUCUUUCAUUAGCUUGCCGCCUGACAGUACAAGUCCAGUUAGUUCAUCUUCUACAAUAUCAAGUGACGUUGAUGCUGGUGAGAUCAAAGAGCACAAUCUGGAAAAGAAGCUCUUGGAUCUAUAUUCUGGAUGUGGAGCAAUGUCCACGGGGCUAUGCCUGGGUGCUAAUAGCAAAGGCGUUAAACUUGUUACUAAAUGGGCUGUCGACCUCAACCCAUAUGCAUGCGACAGCUUGAGAUUGAACCACCCAGAGACUCAGGUGAGGAACGAGUAUGCCAGUGACUUCUUAUCACUUCUGAAGGAGUGGGUGCAGCUUUGUGUCUCAUGUUCCUUGGUAAAAAGCAGUGUUCCCCCACACCCUCUUUUGAAAGUAACAGACGAAGUUGAAGAAGAAGAAAAUGAUGAUGAAGAUGAUGAUUCUGGUGAUGUUAAAGAGGGUGAAAUUUUUGAGGUCGAAGAACUUUUAGAAGUUUGUUAUGGAGAUCCAAAUAACAUUAACAAGCCCGGACUUUACUUCAAGGUACGAUGGAGAGGUUAUGGCCCAGAGGAAGACACCUGGGAGCCAAUAGAUGGCUUAAGUGAAUGCCCGAAGAAAAUAAAAGAGUUUGUGGCCAAAGGCUUCAAAGCAAAUCUUUUGCCAUUGCCGGGGGAUGUUGAUGUUGUAUGCGGUGGACCACCUUGCCAAGGAAUCAGUGGAUUCAACCGUUUUAGGAAUAAAGAAAAUCCGAUGGACGAUCCAAAAAAUAAACAACUUGACGUCUACAUGGACAUAGUGGAUUUCCUGAAACCGAAGUUUGUAUUAAUGGAGAACGUGGUGGACCUUAUCAAAUUUGCCGAUGGUUUCCUUGGGCGGUAUGCAUUGAGCAGACUUGUAGGGAUGAACUACCAAGCACGGAUGGGGAUGAUGGCAGCUGGUGCUUAUGGUCUUCCGCAAUUUCGUAUGCGCGUGUUCAUGUUUGGUGCUGUUUCGUCAGAGAAGUUGCCACAAUAUCCAUUGCCCACGCAUAAAGUUAUUGUGAGGGGUGUUAUUCCUACUGAGUUUGAGUCAAACACAGUUGCAUAUGAUCAAGGCGGGGAACUUGAGUUAAAGAAAGAACUCUUUCUUGGUGAUGCCCUUUCUGAUCUUCCUUCGGUGGGGAAUAAUGAGCCAAGUGAUGAAAUUCUUUACACUGAUGAGCCCAAAUCUGAUUUCCAGCAUUUUAUAAGAUUGGGGAGGGAUGGGGUGCUGGGAAGUGUUCUAUACGAUCAUCGUCCUCUUAAGCUGAAUGAUGAUGACUAUCAGCGUGUAUGUCAAAUUCCCAAGCGGAAGGGUGCAAACUUCAGGGACUUGCCUGGAGUUCGUGUUCGGCCAGAUAAUAAAGUUGAAUGGGACCCAGAUGUGGAGAGAGUAAAACUACCCUCGGGGAAGCCUUUGGUCCCUGACUAUGCUAUGAGCUUCGUUGGUGGUAGUUCCUCAAAACCAUUUGGUCGUUUGUGGUGGGACGAAACUGUACCGACAGUUGUGACAAGAGCUGAACCCCAUAAUCAGACAAUAAUCCAUCCACUCCAAGAUAGAGUGCUUACAAUUCGUGAAAAUGCAAGGCUUCAAGGUUUUCCUGACUACUACAAAUUGAUUGGGCCAAUAAAAGAAAGGUACAUGCAAGUAGGUAAUGCAGUUGCUGUCCCAGUUGCCCGAGCUCUAGGCUAUUCUUUGGCCAUGUCGAUGAAGGGAUUAUCUGGAGAAACGCCAUUGUUCUCAUUGCCAAAAAACUUCCCCUCUCAUGAAGAACAGAUUUGUAAUGAAGUGUCCCAAUAAUUGUAGAAUAAUUAUUUGGGACUACCAUAUGAUCUUUCCCCCUUUGUAUGGUGGCUGAUUAUUUAUAGGAUGUUAGUUUCAUUUAUUAAUCUGCCUUCAGGCAUUGUUUCACAAUGCAAAUCAUGCCAAUGUUGAAGUUGGUGAAGGCAUGAGUUUAUGUAAUAGCUAAUCAAACAUGUGCCAUUUAGUUCUAUUCUAAUUGCUAGAAAAUGUUUUUCUAGCAUUCAAUUCCAUGUAACAUUUCAAGUUAUUUAUUGUGGGAAUCAAAAACUUGAGACA